GUAUUCCAUGCAGGAGAUCUAUGACGUAGUAGCUGGUGUGGAAGACUACCGUCACUUUGUUCCCUGGUGCAAAAAGUCUGACUUGGUGUUCAAACGUUCUGGUUUCUGUAAGGCCAAACUGACUGUGGGCUUUCCCCCUGUGGUGGAGAACUACACAUCCCUCAUCACAACAGUACGACCUCACCUGGUCAAGGCGUCCUGUUCCGAUGGGAAGCUCUUCAACCACUUGGAGACGGUUUGGCGUUUCAGCCCGGGCCUCCCUGGCUACCCUCGAACCUGCACUGUGGACUUUGCUAUCUCCUUCGAGUUUCGCUCUCUUAUUCACUCUCAACUUGCUCACAUCUUCUUUGACGAGGUGGUGAAGCAGAUGGUUUCUGCGUUUGAACGCCGCGCCUCCAAGGUCCACGGAGCAGAGACGCCCAUCCCCCGCGAGCUCAUGUUCCACGAGGUCCACCACACGUAGCAGCAGCCGGCCCGGCACCACAAACAAGUAAACACAACACCAAAGAGACAGAGCACCCUACCUGUGCUCCAGGUGAAAACUGCAGUGCCUUCCCUACAACAAUGAAAGUUUUUCCAGCUGAUCCGGCAGCUGAUUGUCACUUUGGUGCUGAACACCCCAGGGUCAGACCCUCCAUCUGCACCUGGUUUUGAACUCACAUCUGUAAAAAGCAGCUGCUGUGACGUCCCCACGCCACGUCGGCCCGUUACUCUCCUGAACACCAAGACAAAGCAGACCAUCAACGUGCAGAGUAGAUCGUUACAUUAUUUGCACAAAAGUUCAGACAUUUAACGUCGACGAUUCCAAACAUGCUGUCACACAAAGGGCAUCGAAAAAUCCAGCUGAAACCAGAAAAUGUAGAGCAGUUACUCAUUUACUUAUUCUUUCCUUGCUAAAUAAUUAUCUACAUUUAUUAAUACAAUUUUAAGGGUUUAAACAAACAGGGAAACAUUUUCUGAUUUCAGCUUUGAAAUAAAAGGAUUUGAUGCUUGUUGAAUCUUGAUUAUGUUGCCCAAUUUGUUAAAAGAAGCUGAGGGAAAUUUUAUUGGGCAUUUGUGUUUAUUUUAAGAAAGAAGGAGCUGGUUUUAUUUUGUUCACUAAAAACAUGUCCUAAUCUCUGGCUCAAUUUAUAUGUGAAGCAUAUGAGUUUAGAAAUUUGUUUUGUUAAAGUUCAAAUACAGAAAGUGGAAAUAAAUGGUAAAAAUGACACCCAUUAUGAUAAGUUAACAUAAUUAGCAUGGAGCCCUAUGAUAUGACUAAUAUAAUCUUAGGAGGUAAGAUGGUUUUUACAAUAGCUGAUACUGCUAAUAAUGAAUGAUUAUUAACAUUCAAAUCAAUCCAAAUGAAACUAUCAAAACAAACUGGUCCAUAACAGCACAUAAUCAGUCCUAGAGUCCAGGUCCUGCUCAGGGCCAGCUGAAACCUGCAUUUUUGGCGCAAAAACAAACUUUAAAGUCAUUGUCCCACUCUGAGCUCUCAUCGGGCUUUGUCAAGUUAUUGACCCUUUGCACCCACGUGACAAAGUCACAUGACACCGGCAUGUUGGACGGCAGAAGGCACAGAGCGGUGUAUUGAAUUGAAUGGCAGUGAUUAUUUUUUGAAGUUUUUUUUGUUUUGUUUUUGUUUUUGCCAUGGUUUCUACUUGUUCCAAGUUUAGAUCAUUUAUCCAUGGAAGUCGCACACCUAGUUGGGGCUCACAGACAGCGUUAUUUACAGAAGUUGGACAUAGCUAGCUUAGAAAUCGACCCAUUUCUUCUCCCUCCGGAUGUGUUUGUUAGGUUCUCAUAAUGGCCAAGGUAAGACUUGCUUGUUAAUGCUAAURUAUUUUAAUUUGCCGAUUCCAUACGUGAUUCUACAUGUUUUUCAAAGCGACCUCUGUCUGACGCUCGUGUUACAUUAGCGUCUGCUUCCUGAGAUCCCACUUAGCAGAUAUACUAACGUUAGUGUGAGAUCUUAUGAAUCCAGUCAGAGAUGCUUUCUUACUAAUUUUCUUCAUCAGAUCUUCUUUCUGAGCAGUGCUUUCUCCACUGUGUGACUGGUUCAUCGCCGUACGGCUGGAUGGCUUUAGAGCCGACGACAGCUAGCAGGCUAGCAAGCUAGUAGCUUCUCUUCAUGUUAAACAGCUCCGGGUUACAACAGCGCUCUGAGCUGCGCUUCUUUCUGUUCGAUAUUUAGCUGAAAUGAUCCAUUCCCAGUUAAAUUAAAAAGGUGAACAGUGAUGAUCAGCUGGUCUGAUUUUAUGACCUGAAUACUCAACUUGUGUUUACUCCUUCAACGUGGGGAAAAAAAAUGAUAAAAGUUUCUCCGACGACCUUUCACUACUACACUGAUUCAACAUUGAGUAAAAACAACUGUUUUUCCAGCUAUCACUGUUGUUUAUAUCUUCAUUAUGACCCGGAGUGCUGCGGGUGGGCAGACGGAGAGAUUUUAAUAUUUUAGAACCCGCAGUGCAGCAGUCCGAAACCAGAGAGACACUCCGGUCCACCGGCGGACUGCGCAGCAUCUUAAGGCUACGAUAAAAGGACAAGUUUGACUUGUUUACUUGUCUGUUUGUGCAGCCGACUGCGCAGCAGCUGAAGACCAUUUUUACAGCUAAAUCAACAGGGGGGAAAGAACGAUAUUAGGCUACCAACUGCCUGAUUCUCCUCUAGCUCAAUAGUAGCUUAUGGACGCGUGAUUGCUUCUGCCAUCCAACAUGGAAAAAAGGAGCGGUCUUCUGAGGCGCGUGACGUCACGUGCAAAGGGUCAAUAUGAAGAGAAAGUGGAGCACACAGAGCCCCCUGGGGCUCACAGAGAAAAUCAAAUUUCAGGUCAUAAGAAUUCAGUUUAUUAAACUGAGCACCGAUUCAAAGUGAGUUUCCUGAGUUGUUAUUCUGGACACAGUUUUAAUAACAAACUUUAUUUUCUCUUACAGCAUUAGAUCAAUGUUUGGAUUAAUUAACAUUUAAAUGUUGGACAAAUCCUUAUUUCCAGGUUCACUAACUUGUAAACAAGCCAUCAAUCCUUCAAACAAGCAGACAGGGCUGUACRGUCCAGUUUGAAUCAAAACAAGACAAACUCUGAACUGAACAUGUUUUAAGGGCAAUCAAGACAAUAAUGUGUGUAUAAUUUAAAAUAUAUAUAUAAAUGUGCAUUUCUAGUUUAACUGUUGGCUUGACAUUAAAACGAGAUAAAAAUGUCGAUUUAUUCAUU